AUGAAUGACCAUCUUACCAAGCUCAAGAGUAUACAGAACAGUGGCAGAAGACAUUACACUCCAGUGACUUAUACACCUGCAUCAAUGAAUAACCCAGUCACUUAUACACCUGCACCGAUGAAUAACCCAGUCACUUAUACACCUGCACUGACAGAUAACCCAGCCACUCAUACACCCACACCGAAGAACAAGAACAACCAUGAUGCAGAUGCCAUGGACUGGAUAGAUUCAAAUGCCUAUGCACAAGCAAGAGUUUCCGCCGUUCGAACAGGCUUCCGAGUCCCUGGGAUCACUCCCAAAGAAGUCACUGAUCAAUGUCAACGAGGAGUGUGUAUCAACUGUAACCAAUCAGGACACAUUGCUUUCAACUGCCGAUCAACCUAUGUGCCUUCACACUCAAGAGAAAGACCGGCACCUCCACAAUUGAGAGAAAGAUCAGUUCCUCCUUGUUCAAAGGAUGGAUCAGCGCCUGUCCGCGCCAACUACAUAGCAGUGAAGGAAGAUUCAGAAGAUAACUACGAGAAUGCCCCGAUGAAACAGGGAAAAGAUUAG